AUGGUUGCGUGUAAGGUCAUUGACUGUGGCGUGGAGCACCAGAUUGCCAUGAUGUGGUCCCAGCCAGGCUUCAGCAUCACCGCAGUCACACUGGAGACGGCGGGCUGGACCAGCUUACCCGAGGAACUUUUCUCUCAGAAAUACCCCCCUGUGAAGUUCCUUUCGGAGAAGGAUUGGAAAAGGAUUUUGAUAACGGGAGGGGCGGGCUUCGUGGGCUCCCACCUGACUGAUAAGCUGAUGAUGGAUGGCCACGAGGGGACGGUGGUGGACAACUUCUUCACGAGCCGCAAGAGGAACAUGGAGCACUGGAUCGGCCACGAGAACUUUGAGCUCAUCAACCACGACGUGGCUCUACAUCGAGGAUGUGAUGACUGGUUUGAUUACUCCGGCCUGACUCUCUCCCCAGGCUCCACUCUAGCUUUGAUUGAUCUAGUCUGGUUGGCGAAGCGCGUGGGAGCCCGUCUACUGCUGGCUUCUACGUCUGAGGUGUAUGGAGUGGAGGUGAGGGUGGCACGCAUCUUUAACACCUUUGGCUCCCGGAUGAACAUGAACAAUGGCCGCGUGGUCAGAAACUUCAUACUGCAGGCUCUACAGGGAGAGGCCCUCACCGUGUUUGGUAGCGGAUCCCAGACGAGGGCUUUCCAGCAUGUGAGCCAUGCCUGGGUUCAUGUUGAUCUCGUGAAUGGUCUGGUGUCGUUGAUGAACAGUAACAUCAGCAGCCCAGUCAACCUGGGGAACCCAGAAGAACACACCAUAUUGGAGUUUGCUGAGCUCAUCAGGAGUCUGGUGGUGAGCCGCAGUCAGAUCCAGUUCCUUCCAGAGGGGCAGGACGACCCUCAGAGGCGACGGCCCGACAUCCCCAAAGCCAAGAUAAUGCUAGGCUGGGAACCUGUGGUACCGUUGGAGGAAGGCCUGAACAAGACCAUCCAGUACUUCAGCCGGGAGCUGGAGCACCAGGCUAACAACCAGUACAUCCCCAAGCCCAAGGCAGCCCGCCAGAAGAAAGGACAACCCAGACACCACAACUGA